AUUGGUGAAUAAGAUUAUUAGCUUUCCCCUGGUCAUCCUUCAGUUUCCGGUAUUUACGGCACACUAUUCAAGUAGCGUUUUAUCGGCUAGUUUUACUUAAUGGGGUGCUUAUAUCAGACUCUUUUCAAGAUUGGUGCCCAUUGUAUCAAAGAGUAGUUUCAUAGGACGUAAAUUAGAGAAAAAAAUUGGACUGCACCAAUGCCAUUAGCACAUCAUGAUACAGACUCGUGGGAAAGUGACAGUUGCAUUACAUAGUUCCAUUCUUACCCCAACUAUGGCUGCCUUUUAUAAUCAUGCGAUAGGAGGUGAAAUCGAUAAUUUAUUGGCGCCUACAUUGGAUUUUGCCCCCCCAACGAUUAAAUGUCGUUCCGCGGUAAACAAGAUUUCGCCGCUUGCCAUAUGGUGUUCAGCUGCUACUUUGCUCUUUCUCUCGUAAAUUGUAUUUUAAUCCCCUGGUGUUUCAGAUCGCCCUGGGCAGCAAACAGUUGUUCCAGUUUCAUCGCAAGAACUGGUGAAUUCCAGAAAGCUCGGUUUGCACAGAGAGCAUGUGUUUCCCACUUUCAAAGUCUCUUGCAAUCUAUCAGCUUUUCAGUGGCACGGCUAGAAGAAAGUACGAAGUGUGUAUGCACCAGCACAUUUGAAGCCUGUGAGAAUUCAAAAAGCACAU